AGACUGAUGGCGAUGGAAGUAAAAGCUCACCAAUCAAAUCCAGCAUCGCACCGUCUGCCGAGAAAGACCCUGCAGACUUCACGACCUUUGUUGAUGAUGGCAUUGAGAUGGAUGAUGAAGACAGAGUACCCCGGAUGAACCUCAGAAACUGGGACCCUGACCCAGUAUAUUCAGUCCUGUAUGAAGUGAAGCUCAUGGAUGAGGUAAUAGAAGACAUCUCACAUCAGUACAUCACAAUGGAAGGGCUCAUGGAGAAGUUGCCCAUGAACAAGAGAAAAGCCACACUGUUGAAAACUUGGAAGAGACGCUUCUUCAAGGCACAGGAUGGCUGGUUGUAUUACUAUGAGACUAGCAACCACGAUCAGCCCAGUGAAAGCAUUCAGCUAAUGGGAGGAACCAUUCAUGACAUAGGGGGCAGGGUUCUGGGUAUUGAUGAUGGAAGAGGCAGAUAUUUGAUGGUCAGAUGUCCAACAGAGAAAGAGUAUGGACAGUGGAAGGUAUCCUUAGAGUCUCAAACAGCUGAUAACACAAAGGCAACAUACGUGAGGCCGGUACUGAAGUCUUCCAGACACACAAGCAAGAAUGUGGUGGUUAUUGAUCUUGGAAGCAGUGCCAUACGUGCAGGAAUUUUAGGCCAGCAGGCAUGCCUUCCUGAGCUGUUUUUCCCGAGUUUGGUCGCUGUGGACAAGGAUUCAAGUAAAGUGGUGGCUGUGGGCAGAGAUGCUUUGCGACCUGAUAUUCGACACAGAUAUAAAGUAAUACAUCCAAUUAGGCCCUCCAACAAAGUAGAUCAGUUCAACAUUGAAGUACAUCUGAUGAAGGCCAUAUUUGACAAAGUGUUCCAUGACCUAAAUGUGAACCCCUCAGACUACUGGGUUAUGGUCAGCACUCCACAAAAUUUGGGAGACCCGCUAAAGAAAGGCCUGAUGGAGAUUCUGGUGGACACACUGAAAGUGAAAGGGGUGUGUAUGGUACCACAGGCACUGCUGUCACUGUACUCAUACAAUGCCACCUCGGGUAUCAUAGUGGACAUUGGGCACCGGAUAGAGAUUUUGCCAAUAUUUGAUGGUUUCGUCAUUGAGGGAGGUGUGGCCAGAUGCCCUUAUGGUGCUCAGAAGGUGCAGGAGUCUUUGACCACUUAUUUACUGAGCAACAACUACAAGUUCUUCUCCACAACAGAGCAGCUGCUGGUCAGGUACAUCAUGGAAAAGGUUUGUUAUGUGGCCAUAGAUUAUCCGCAAGAAGUGGAGUGGGUCAACAGUAACCCACAGACGGCAAGAGCAUUUGUAAACUUCCGCAAGUUUGGUUUGCCUGUUGGUUCUUACACGGGCGUGGAGUGUGAUCUGGGGAGGUUUAAAAGUCCUGAAGGUUUAUUCAAUGUGAACAUGUGGGAGAUGGACUACCAGACUCUACAGAAGCUCGUCUUUCAAGCCAUUCAGACUUGUCCUAUGGACAACAGGAGACAUGUUUGGAGGGCUAUAUUUUUAAGUGGAGGGGUCACCCUGCUUCCAGGCUUUGCAGAGAGGUUGGAAAAGGAAUUAAGUAAAUUAGCGCCACCAGGUGUCCCAGUUGAGGUGCAUGCUGCCCCACAGCGCUACCACGCUGCCUUCGUUGGUGCUUGCUCUGUUGCACUGAUGCCUCAGUUUGAAGGAAUGGCUAUAUCAAAAGAAGAAUGGAAGAAAGAUGGAGUAAAAGCUUUCAGGAAGUGGCAAGCUCCGUCUUCUUGA